AUGGUAACGUACAAUGGACAAAUAAUAAACAAUUUAGACGCCGUGGUACUGUUUAAGGCAGUCGAGGCUAGCAAACUGCAAUUAUAUAAGCGCAGACUGACUUCUUCUGAGCGAAUGUCUAUAAAAUCUGGGGAUAUCUUUAUUUGGGAGGAGUGUCAAGGCAUGCAAAGAUGGACAGACGGUAGAAGAUGGGGUCCUUCGCGAGUACAAGGGGGAUUCCUAUGGUACAAGGAGAUAGAAGCGAAUGAAGACACAGCACUCAUCAAGCAAACAUAUUCGCUCCCACAAUCUGUCUCAAACAUGAUACAAGAACCAAAAUUGCAUUUAGUUUGCUAUACGAACGCAAAUAAUAACCUACAAAGGCCGAGCGAUGAUCCAACACUUGAACAAUUCAAACAUUCCACCGAAUACACAACGCCUUCUGUGUUGACGUCAUCAGCAGGACAACCUAAUCGAUCAGAUCGACCAGAACCAAUCAAGAUACUCAAUGACACGUCGUUCAGUCCACCACCUACACCACCGCAUAGCUACAAUACACCGAUGAUCUUCACAGACCCAUUCCAAUCCUCCGCCACAAUUACGCCGCCUGUCUCAGCCACGAGGAUGGACUUCAUGGUUGAACAAGGGCGUAGGGCAUCGCAUCCACACACUCAGUCAUCUAGCAGUGGCUCAGCGAUCCAAGCAGGAGCAUAUGCAGCCACACUGGUUGGCAGAGGUGCUGCAAGACGAGGCAGCUCACCCUAUCCAUCACCACGAAGAAACAGCAGUAUUUUUGAAAGAAAUGCGUCAUUCUCGAGUGGUAGAAGAUCAAACAAUACAUCUAGACCAACUCCUCCAGCCCCACUUAAUUUGAAUCAGGGCCUUUAUAUUCCUCCACCUAUGACAUCCGCACCAGCUGCAGUUACUACACAUACUAUUCCAACUACAUUUGCAGCGACGAACAAUAUGUUUCAGACACAUACACCUGCGCACACACAGCAUAGACCAUCAUCAAGUCACAGCCAUGGUCGUGGGCAGGUUGACUAUUCCAAACCUGCUCCACCGAUACAUCAACAACAGCCACAGGCAUACGCACAAAGAGCAUCUCUUCCUCCUAUAGCCAACAACAUCCCUAGAAACAGCAUCUCCACAGCUACGUCGAGAAUCAACCUUUGCGAUGAAGACAAGAGACAGUUGGAUAGUUUUAAGUUCAAUGACUGCUUGUAG